AUGAGUAACAAAGCAGCAAAAAUAGCAGAGCUGUUUACUAAAACUAUUGCUUCAACAAAAUGUUUUGACCAUAACCUUCGGAAGGUUAAAGUUGUAAGUGUUUGCAAUGGCAAGAUGGUUACUGAAUUUAAAGUAGGUCCAGAGCAUUUAAAUCAGCGAGGAACUUUGCAUGGUGGUUUCAUUGCUCAUUUAGUUGAUGCAAUAUCUACGUAUGCCCUUGAGUCUAAUGAAAAUAUUGAUACUAGAGGAGUAUCCGUUGACCUUAGUGUCAGUUACAUGAAUGCAGCAAAAGAAGGAGAUAAUGUAGAGGUAGAAGCCAUAACCAGGAAACUUGGUAAGAAAAUAGCUUUUCUGGAAAUUGAAGUGAGGAAUAAAGACAACAAUAAGGUUUUAGCUACAGGCAGACAUACAAAGUAUGUUGGAAUU